UAUCAGUCGAUUUUCGUGUUACCAAACGGGCUCUCAAUAUAACAAAAGUCAAAACUAUGUAUUUUGUAUUUUGACCCCGCGAAUCAAUCCGCAACCCCUGUGGGUCAACCCACUUAACCCGCAACCUGCGUGGUUGACCCGAAACCUACUUUAGCGAAAGGGCUUUUGCCCUGAAUAUUAGUAAUAAGGGUCAACGUCCACUACCUCCGACCUGUAACCGUCGCUGGCCGGAGAUCGCCGCCGGCCAUAGUGACAACGACGUAGUGACGCUGGCAUAGUGAUGCCGCCAUAGUGACGCCGCCACAGUGACACCGCCACUGCCUAGUGACACCCCCGCCGACAUCGCCAUACCAUCGACAUGGCCAAUCCACACCGCCCAUUCCCCUCCCAUCAAUGUCGCCAGCGUCACAGUGACAGAGCCAUCCCCGGUCAUCACCGCCAGGCAGCACCACCAGCCACCCGCCCUCACCCCCAACAUCCAGCCACCCCGCCCUCACCCCCAACAUCCAACCCACAACCCUACUCCCCUGUCCCUAGCCCUCCUCCCCUGCUCCCCAUCCCCGCUCCUGUCCUCCCCCCAUGUCCUUCUCCGGCCAUUUCGCACAAAACCUCAACCAUAACACCACCGGCGGUAGCGGCGGCCCCAAAUCGGACCCCAACAGCAGCGGUGACCCCAAAUCAGACCCCACCUGCAGUGGCGGUCCCCAAAUCGUUCCCCAAAUCGGACCCAAAAUCAGAGCCAUUGUCAAUGGAGUAUGAUGGAUCCGACACCGGCGUCCCAAAUCGGAGUCGUCGCCCUUUGAGAAAGAUGGAUCUGGAACCGGCGGCCUCAGAUCGAAGCCGUCGUACACCGGAGGCGCGGCUAGCUACGAAACCAGAGAAGCUAGAGGAAGGUCAGGGCGGAGGUGCAAAUGCUACCGUCAGCGACGUCCAAUUGCGGCGGAGAUGGUGGUUGCAACUCAUGUCGGAGCUCAGGCGGUGGUGGUGGUUCACUGAUGAAGACGCAGAGAGAGUGCAGUGACUGGUUCGAAUAGUUGAAAGGGAAGAAUGAGCAGCGAGAGUUCAAAGCGGAAGAAGGCAAGGAGAGUAAAGAAAAUCACUUUUCUGUCUUUUUUAAAACUGGUUAUAUUUUGGUCCAACAAAAGAUGAGAAUGUACUCCGUAACUUCCAUUCCAUUCUUUCUUAGCGAAACCCACAAAUUAAUUGGAUCAUAAAAUUUGGACCCCAACCACGGAUAAAUUAGUUUAAAAGGCUCGGCCCGCGAGUUUUGGCAGGUCCUCGAUUGUCAGGUCUGAUGCUACAGAAUUUUAAUACCAACGGCAACUUGGACUACAAGCAGCAUUGCAGCAAUGCCGAACCUUGAAAUUCUAUGGUUAUCAAUGCAAUUAGCAUAAUUUUAUUUCAGAAAUUUGGCCGUAAGAAAUCGCCAGUAGGCCAUUUGAGCCGCCGCAUGCGACUCUCUCGGUGGCGUAGGGUUUCUAAAUCGGGAUUUUCACCUUCCAACUGCUACUCUCUUUCUCUUUGCAGUAUAAAGGUGAAGAGAAUAUGAACAAGGGUGGGGACCAAUUACCCUAUAAGCUGUCGUUGACCAUCCAAAAUUUCUAAGUUAAUGCUAAAACAGUGGGUUCAUUCUGUCCAAGUUAAAGUCUUCAGUUUAGAGAAGCUGAACAUUUCUGCUGCAUCUUAGCUAUGAAUGAGUCCAUGGAUAUCGACAAACCAGGUGCCAGUAACAGAAAUACACAUCUAAAUAAGGAAAAUGGACAUUAUCUGUAUCCUGUGUCUCCCAAUGAAUCAGGUGAAGGCUUUCCAUAUGCUCCUGAAAAUUGGCCUAAUCCUGGUGAUAUAUGGCGUUGGAAGGCGGGGAAAAGAAUAGCAUCGUCAGGAUACUUUGCGGACAGGUACCUGUAUCCACCAAGCAGCCUUGCACAUGUUGGGAGACCUGUACAGAGGAGGACCUUUGCUAGUAAACUGUCAGUUGCACAAUUUAUCCGGGCAAUGUUUCCUGGCACAGAUGUGAAUGCAUUCUUUGCCACAUUUUGUUGGAAGAUUCCCUCAAAGCAGCUUAUGUUAAAAGAAAUUGCAGGGCCUAUGUCUCAUUUAGAACGUGAUGGUUGCAAGGCCGGUAACAUAAUGUGCAGCAGUUUAUUAAAAGGUUCUGAUCCUCUUCCAAUGGAAUGCAUGUUUUGUGACAUUUGCUGCAGUGAAUCCAGAUUUUGCCGAGAAUGUUGCUGUAUUCUUUGUUGCAAGACUAUCAGCACUGGAGUUGGUGGUUAUAGUUACAUUAGGUGUAAAAAGAACGUCCAAGAUGGCUAUAUUUGUGGACACAUUGCCCACAUAGAAUGUGCUCUUAGGGCUUAUGUGGCUGGAACUGUAGGAGGAAGCAUAGGCCUGGAUGCAGAAUAUUUUUGUCGACGCUGUGAUUCAAAGACGGAUCUAGUUUUGCAUGUCAUGAAUCUUCUUCAUACUUGUGAAACCAGUGAUUCACAGGAUGAGAUCGAUAAGAUGUUGAGCCUUGCCAUUUGUAUGUUGCGUGGCUCACAGAAAAUGACUGCAAAGCAAUUAUUAAAACAUAUUGAAUCAGCAGCAGCGAAGCUUAAGAUCGGAUUUGACUUCAAAGAUGUGUGGAGUAAGGAAGCAUAUGAAGUGACUGUUUCCUUGUUGAUGCAAGAGAGUUUACCUCAUAACAAUGGGAACAGUUUACAUGAGUUAGCCAACUAUGAAGACAAAGAGCAAGAAAACAACAGAACUGCACCAUCCGGAAUGGUGUCUUCAAAUUUUGACCACCGAGUUGAAUCACUUCAACUUGAUAAUGAGAUUGAUCAAACUCUACAGUCAUUGAGGAAGUCACAGGAGUUGGAGUACAACAUUGCUGAGGAAAGGCUCUUUGCACAAAGGAACUGCAUUAUAAAUCUAUAUGAACAAAUAGACAAGAAGAGGUCUCAACUCUUGCACCACUCAACAUUCACCGACUUGGAGCCACUGCUCAAUGCACUUCAUGAGAGGAUAGAGUUGGUGAAACGGGAAGCUUUGAAACUCAGGGAUAUGAAACAAGUGGAAAUGGGAUUUGGAAGAACUUCAAAGCACAUACUUGAGGAACAUUUCGGUUUAAAAUGUGAUCAGUGACAAAUUCAUGCUAGCUGUGUUUGUACACUAGGUGAUCAUUCUGUUGUGGUGUGCACACUAUUCAAGUCCACUGUUUGUGAUACGAAUUCCACCCUCAACGGACUGUUCUUUGGGUGUGGAUUACAAACAGAAAGUAUGCCCAAGACUCCUCACAAAAGAAAGAUUGAAAAUGGUGUUUUCGUUAGUUUCAGAAAACGAAAGGGAAGGGAAGUAUGAGUUCUCGCCACUUUCUAGGAUUGAAAGAUAAGAGAACGGAGCUAUGGACGCCACAAUCAAAUUGAUAAAUCACACAACUCAAUUGAACUCGAUAUAACACAUGAGAUUUUGAAAACAAGAAUGCUUUCAUUUUCUGGAAGAUUGCACUGCCGUUUUUUUACAUGCUGCUGCAAUAUUAAUACUACUUGAUCUGUCUAAAGUAACUAUCUAAAAUCAUGGAAAGGAAAAGUGGAAACGUGGGUGAGCAAAUAACCCCCAUUUCCCACUAAAAUAGGCUUUAGCAACAAAAGCGGAGGAUGAACUUUUGUGGCUAAGUUCCUUUUUUAUUUUAAACUCUAUCCUAUAUCUCGGUCCAAUGGACUUCAGACAGAAAAUAAUAAUAAUAAAUUCUGGAAUAUGCUAUUCCAU